CUUUGGCUCCUCCGCCCUCUGCUCUGCUGUGCUCGGCAGCCGAAUCUCCCUCCGCCCGCCCGCCCGUGGUCAGAAACCCUCGGCACCUUGCCCCUUUGCCAGAGGAUGCCGUUAACUAAGGUGCACAAACGUGGGGCUAUAAGCCGUUCCAUUGACAUUGGUAGCUUCUCUGGAUACGGAGAACUGAAUCAAGCUUUGGCCCACAUGUUUGGCAUGGAAGGGCAACCCGAAGAUCGACAGAGUAUAGGUCGUUGGAAGUUUAUCUACCAGGAUUAUGAGGGUGACUUCCUAUUUGUCGGUGAUGACCCAUGGGAGGAGUUUGUGAUCAUCGUCAAGUCCAUUUGGAUCCUGUCACCUCAAGAGGUUCUUCAACCGAUGUUUCCGGGUGGUGAUUUAACAUAAGGCUGUAGCCUACCAAAUCAACGCAGUGAAGAAUAUAGUGUAUAUGUGUGAGCUUAUUGUUGUGAGGGCUAAAAUUCUCCUAAGGCUAGCUUGAUCAUGGGUGCUGCGACGCGCCAUUUAAAUGCUACGUACAUUGUAUCUGGGCUAUACAUUUUUCGUGCUUGUACUAUUUUCACACAACAAUAGUGUGUUUAACUCUGAGAAAGAGAAGAU